AUGAAAACCACCCAAGAUUUGAUAAGGAACAAAGUUGACAAACAAGUACCAAGAGAUCUGAACGACUUAUCCGCAAAAACUGACAACAUCACGUCACAGUUGAUCGCUCGCCUUAACAAAGAAGAAGAAGAGAGGUAUGAUUUGGAUUAUGCUUGUAAGAUGGACCUGCGAAAAUUCGUUUGUACGAUUGCGGAUGAAGUAGUGGAAAUACUUGCAGCAUCAGACGGAAACACAGGGUAA